GAAAUUCGUUUCCAAAUUUGAUUUCAGCUUUUAACGUAAUUACGAUCUAUCAUUAUGGCAGAGAAAAAAAAAUCGGAUUUAUUGAAAAUUGAUCUCUAUGAAUUCCUUGGUAUUUCUCACGAUGCAACGUCAAAAGAGAUUCUAAAAAAUUAUAGAAAAAAAGCAUUAGAGUGUCAUCCUGAUAAAAAUCCAGAUGAUCCUAAAGCAGCAGAAAAAUUUCAUAAGUUAACAGAAGCACUCGAAAUUUUAACAGAUGAAAAUGCAAAGGCAGCUUACGACAAGGUUUUACAAGCUAGAAAAGCAGCUGAAAUAAGAGAUCUAAAACUAAAUGCCGAAAGGAGAAAAUUAAAGAGAGAGUUGGAAGCUAGAGAAGAAGCUUACCUUGAAAAGAGAAAUAUACCUAGCACAGCUAAUUUAGAGAAAGAGAUUGAUAGAUUAAGAGAGCAAGGAUCCAAAAUAGUUGAGGAGGAACAAAGAUUGCUGAGAGAAAAAAUAAAAAAUAUAGCUGCAGGAAAAGGUAUAGUUAAAAAUUAUAAUCCGUUAGGAACCCAAUGUUAUAAGAUAAAUGUGGUUGUAGAUGAGAUGGGUGACGAACCUAUGCGAAUUAAAGUUUCAUGGAGAGAAGGUUAUGACGAAGAAUCUAUUAAAAAAAUAUUCUCAGCUCAUGGUGAAAUUAACGAAAUGGUCAUUCUACUAAAAAAGAAAAAGAGUUCCGCAAUUAUUGAAUUCUUGUCAAUAAAAAGUUCUUUGGCAGUUGAGAAAGAAGUGGGGCUUCCAAAUUGUGGUGAACUGACAGUGGAAUGGUUAUCAGGAAAACCUAAAGAUCAACCCCCAGUUAAAAUUCCGAAAUUCGAUAAUUUUGAAGAUCAUGAAAGAUACGUAUUAGAGUGUAUGAGGGAAGCAGGGAAACGACAAAAGCUCUUAAAAAAGGACGUUUAA